GGGUAAGAGUGACAGUGUGUGCAUGUACAGAAAAACCAUCAGUUCAGUCUCUGCAGUUGAGGAGUCUGAUGGCUUGGGGGUAGAAGCUGUUGCAGAAUCUGGUCGUGCUGGACCGGAUGCUGCGGUACCUUCUUCCCGAAGGCAGGAGGGAGAAUAGUUCGUGUGAGGGAUGAGUGGGGUCAUUCACAAUGCUGGUUGCUUUGCGGAUGCUGCAGGUGGUGUAAAUGUCCGUGAUGGAGGGGAGAGAGACGCCGAUGAUCCUCUCAGCUGUCCUCACAAUUUGCUGGAGGGUCUUGCGGUCAGAGGCGGUGCAGGUCCUAAACCAGAUUUCCAACUUCACUCACAAAACGUAUUAAUAUAAAAGUGAAAAAACAACAUGGACCUUCAAAACUGCUCCGCGCCGGAUCUUUCUGAUGUUCUGGACGGUCGAAUCAGCCCUGGUAAAAUCCUGCUCUCCCUGAUGCUCUCCGUUUUGGCUGUGGCCACUACCAUCAUAAACUCCUUGGUGAUCACCGCCAUCUUGGUCACUCGCAAACUCCACCAGCCUGCCAACUACCUGAUCUGCUCCUUGGCUGUGACUGAUCUUCUGGUGGCUGUGCUGGUCAUGCCUGUCAGCAUCAUCUACAUAGCAGAAGAAGAAUGGGUUCUAGGGCCAAUCGUUUGUCACCUGUGGCUCGGCGUGGACGUCACCUGCUGCACCUGCUCCAUUCUGCACCUGGCUGCCAUCGCCCACGAUCGUUACAGAGCUAUCACUGAUGCCGUGGCCUACUCUCAGAAGCGUACGUCCAGACGUGCAGCUGCAACAAUCAUAGUGCUGUGGGUGCUGUCCAUACUUGUUUCACUUCCUCCACUCAUGUGGAGGAGGUUUCCCAACAUAAGAGAACAAAUUGGGGACCGUGUAGUCAUGGACUGCUUGAUAGAGCAUGACCACGUUGCCUUCACAGUCUACUCCACAUUUGGCGCCUUCUACAUCCCCCUCACCCUGAUCCUGGUGCUCUACUACAAGAUCUACCGUGCAGCACAGACGCUCCGGAAUCGAAGAGGAAGCAGCCGGUUGGUCCAGCAGACAGUCAGCAGCGUCAUGAUAAGUUCAGAACGAGAUGCUCCUCUUAGUCCAGACACUCUCAGCCCUAUCGAAAAGUCUUUUUCUGACCCUUCCACAGACUGUGACCGCGUCAGGAUUGCGCCUACCACAGGGCGGACGAUCAGGAGUCGCAGAGCUCCUGGAGCCAGGGAGAGACGCGCGGCAUUGACGCUUGGCCUCAUCCUUGGGGCAUUUGUGAUUUGCUGGCUGCCUUUCUUCCUCAAGGAGGUCAUUGUAAACAGUUGCCCUUCUUGUAGUACCUCUGCCUUUCUCGCAGACUUCCUCACAUGGUUGGGAUACCUGAAUUCGCUCAUCAAUCCACUAAUAUACACCAUCUUCAAUGAGGACUUCAAGAAAGCCUUCCAGAAGCUUCUCCCGUUGUGUUGUACCCACUACCGCUGAAGUUGAACCACUGGAACAUGGAACCAUCUGCUUCCUUUGAGUGUGACGCUGUAUCCUUGGAAGUAACAUCCUGACGAGACUUUUCGUUGGCAGUGUCAGGAUUGAGCCUGGGACUGGGUGGACAGUAAGGAGCCGCAGAGCUCCUGGAGUCAAGAAAAGACGUGCAGCCCUGACGCUUGGCCUCAUACUUGGGCUUUUGCAUUCUCUGCGACUUCCAUCAACUUGCUAAUAUACACCAUCUUUAACGUAAACUUCAAGAAAGCUUUCAAGAAGCUUCUCCUGCUGUGUUGUACCCACUACCAGUGAAGCUGAACCACAGGGACAUGGAACAAUCCUCUACUUUGAGUGUGACAUUGCAUCCUGAGACAUUCUGUUGACAUUGCCAGGAUUGAGCCUGGGACUGGGUGGACAAUCAGGAGCUAUAGAGCUCCUGGUGAAAGGGAGAGACAUGCAGCCUUGAGGCUUGGCUUUAUCCUUGGGGGUUUGGCAUUCUUACCGACUUCCUGACCUGGCUAAGGUACCUGAAUUCGCAAGAACUUCAAGAAUGCCUUCCAGAAACUUCUCCUGCAGUGUUGUACCUACUACCGGUGAAGCUGAACCACAGGGACGUUCUUUUCUUAUUGGGUGUCCUGAGAAAUUACUUCCUUCCAAGACUUCAGAGCAGUAACAGUUGUUAAGAAGUGUGUCAGGAUAGUUCCACCCAGGGUAAACAGUCUGGAGCUCCAAAGCUCCUGCAGCCAGGGAGAGGUGUGCAUCAAUGACACUUAACCUCAUCCUUGGGGCUUUUGUGAUCUGCUGGCUGCCUUUCUUCAUUAAGGAGGUCAUUAUGAACAAUUGCCCUUCGUAUAGUACCUGAAUUGUACUCCAGAUUUGUCAAGGUUGUCAAGGUCUUCAAGAAGUGGCCACUGCCAUUGAAGACUCUGUUCUUUGUGGGUAUGAUUAUGUACCCUGAGAAAUUACUUCCUGUUGAGACUUUGGUUGAGACACCCACCACAGAGCAAACAGUCAGGAGCCAGUUGACAAUUAUUGGUUAGUCGAAUGUUUCCUGAACAUUACAGUUUACAGUCUUAGAAUGUUCAGUCAGGAUGUUCUUAGAACAUUUUUAUUUAACAUUUUUAAUUGUAAUCUUUUUAAAGUCCCUGCAAUGUUACUUGUGUAUGUGUUUUUAUUUGUUGUUUUGAGAAUGUUACUUUUAACAUUUUCAUAAUGUUAGUAUUUAUUUAGCUUGGAACAUUACAUGAGAAACAUUCUAAUAGCUUUGAGAUCUAAACCAUUAUUAUGUUACAUGUUUCAGAAUGUUCCUGGAACAUUGUGAAUGAUUGCCCUUCUUGUAGUAGCUCGGCUGUAUUUGCAGACCUCCUGACAUGGCUGGGGUGCCUAAAUUUACUCAUCAACCCCUACCAGUGAAUCACUGGAAUACUGUUCUUUUUGAGUUUGACAUUGUAUCCUGAGAAAUGACAUCCUGUUGAGACUUCGAGAUGGUAAAGACUUUUGUAGAUUUUUAUUUUUGAGAACAGACUGGAAACUCGGGGAGGAGGGAUUUCCCAGGUUAGAUGACUCACAAUCGGCUCUGCAGAGCUGCGGUAGAAAAUCAUAUUGUUUUAGCAUAUAUAAAUCUAUUAAAAGUGAGAAGUUGCACUGCUUUUUGUCUAAGUUAAAGCUUUAAUCUUUCUUGGAGUGUUAAUAUCCAUGAUUUGAGUCUUGACUCAAUUUGACAAACUGGACAUCCUUCAAGGAAGGUCUACUUUUAUGAUUGUAUUUAACCAGCGAGUACAGGAACAUUAAAGCCAGACACUUAUUUUUGAACUGCUGCAGAAGCAGCCCCAUAGGGAAGCUCACCACUUGGAGAACUGUCUGCUCAAAGCUGUGUACGUGAGCUGGCGCCCGCUCAUGGCUGGCGAGCGUUGACUGACAGGGGAGAGGGACUAAGCCAUCUUUUUCACUAAUUUGCUCUUUUGGACUUCUGGUCAGGGAUGGAUGGCUUUGGCAUUGAUGACAGGACACAGCCCUCCGCUCAACUCUCCACAUUUAUCAGUCGGGAAAAAGCAGCAUUGGCUUCUUCUUAUCUUAUCCUGCGUUCACACUGGCAGAUGACAAGUCGCUCACAUCGCCCCAAGUUUGUCUCUUGUAGAACCGAGACUGCAGGAGGAGGUGGUCUCCGUCUGGACCCAGAUGAACUCGAAAUAAGAACGUAAUUCUGCCUCAAUCUGACCAACUGUCCAAAAUACUCCUUAUGUUUAGGCUAAGCUGCUUUUCAGGUACAGUUUAACCUGAUUAAUUAUCUAGAUUAUCACUACAGCUAUAAACAAAUGUGGUUGAACCCUGUAAGUGCAGCGCUUGCCACUUACACCCACCAAAAAAUGCAGCCAUUCCAUUGAAAACAAAUAGCUUGAAGGUGCAGCAGCAAUAUUUCCGCAUUCAGCGUAAAUGCACCUUACUCUACACAAAUACAGGACCUUCCUAUGUUUACUUUUUUUGCUACUACCCAUACAGUUCUGACCAGUAGUCAAAGCUUACAUGCUCAUGUUUGUUGUGAUGCACUUUGUUGCACUUGCGAACCAAAGUGGGAAAUGCUCAAAUAAACACGUUAACUGAUUCGGACCAGAGAAACCAACAAAAGGUGCCAAAAAAAUGCCCUAAGUGGAUUUUCUUAUGCAUGAUGUCACCACAAAUCCAAGUCCAAGGACUCUUCAUUGGAGAGUCCUACAGAGGACCUGUCCUACCUUGAGUGCAGCCUAGACUUUGGAAAAGAGUUUUACCUUUCGGACAUUUGGUUUAAACUGGUUUCCCACAUCAUAAUUUAUUUGCGUAAAGUUUUAAAAAUCCUAGCUUGAUUUGUCGCUUGUCGUGUGUCAUCAAAUCUCAAAUACAUAUCGCAUCCUCUCAUAGGAAAUGACUGGUCGUUUGUUAUGUUGCCUGCUAGUGUGAACGCAGAGUUAGUUAUUAAAGAAAACAGCAACAUCCAUAUCUUGAUGUCUUGAAGUCCAUGAAUGUGGGAAUUGUUAGAAUAUGUAUUCUCAUGCAUCUCCCACAAUGGCUGCCCUAUACCAAACCCUUGACUUUAAUGCCUGAAGGCGUUGACCUCGGUACGUAUAAAUAAAAAGACCCAUCAGGUGUCGAGAUUCUUUGACAGUUCCUAAGCAUUCACUGAUUUUCAGCGUCCAUCUCUAUCUGACAGUGAGCCUCCCCUUGCAACCACUCGUACCUGAGGCAGUUUUACUAGUUUGGCAUCUUGUCACGAUUUCUGACACUGUUCCCUUCGACUACUUUUAUUUUUCUAUUUCAGUGUCUGACAUACUUGGAGCUCAUCCUGAAACAAAUAUUCCACUAUGCGUAUGGUAUACAUCUUAUGCUGGAAAUAUCCACCCUCCUGCUUUAACAUUAACAUCUUGGUAAUUGUCAUAUUGACAAUUAAUCUAAGAUGAGCAUCACAUAUUUAUUCUGUCUCAUUAAAAAAAAAGCUGCUUUUUCUAUUCAGUGUCUUUGUCUACAUGUUGGUAGGUUCAUGCCUCAACCAAGAGAUGCAGUUCGGUGUUCCCACCAAAGCAGUACUUAAAGCAAUUAUCCAGUUAGCAAGCUUUAAAAAAGGCUCAGCAAUUAAACACUCUUGUAUUAAUAAAAUAUAUAUGUAUACGC